ACGAUGGAAGCGCGCUCCCGACACUUCAGGUGAAUGAGAGGGAAGCAGAGGAGCGGGACACGGUUGACUGUGCGUCGCAUUAAAAGGAACAAUUGGAGGAAAAUGAGUUGUGUUACGUCGCUUGGGGCGCAUGCUUUUGUGACAACAUAUCUACUCUUCCUGAUGGGAUGCGUUGCACAGAAAGUAUACUUUGACUGUGGUGCCAAGGUGGAUGUAGUGGAUGUCCAAGGCCUCAUUCUUUCCCCUGGCUUUCCCUACAACUACUCCUCUGGGACACACUGUGUUUGGCAGUUCUUUGUUCCUGUUGAUUACCAGCUUAUUCUUGAGAUAUUUGACUUUGACGUGUUUGAAAGCCACGAUUCCGCUGCACAGUACUCUGCUGUCUCUAAUUUUGAAGAGGAAGAGGCAGAUGAAGAGGUUACUUUCACUCCUGGCAUCUUAGUGGCAGAUGAAACUUCAUCAGCAGUUAAAGAUCCCAUGCUUCCAAAUGUCAGGGAUGUCACAAAGACUCAGCAGUCCUCCCAAGAUGGUGAGGUCAAGCAAGUAGUUGUCCAGGAACAGUCCACAAAGAUGGAGAUAACCAAAGUCUCAAAUUCUGCCAAAAGAUCUGCAGAUGCCUCCUCUAUGAUGUCACCACAUCCUCCUUCUCUUUUCCCCCUACCUGGGGCUGUACCUCCAGGAGACAAGGAUGUCAACUCUGCGUCCUUGUCUCACCUUAGGGGAGACCCUAGCCCUAGUGCUAACCCAAGCACAUAUGUGGAGGAGACCACCCUCGCCUCGCCACACUCCACUGACACUCUAGCUGUAAGCCCCGAAACCCAGCACUCAGUGCUUGACGCCUGCCCCCAUGAUGUCCUCUACAUAUCAGACCUCAUCACCUUCUCCUCCAGGUUUUGUGGGUCCAACCGGCCUCCUAGCAGUCAGCUGGUUUUUGGCUCCAACCAGGAGAUGGUGGAGGUCAUCAUGGAGCUCAUCACCACCACCCACUGGGGUCGCGGCUUUGCUCUUCUCUUCCACUACCACAACCUGACUGAACCAGGGGGGGACCGCCAAGCCUCUGCUCUCACAGUCAGCAAAGUUGACUCUCUGCUGGCUGCUGUGAGUGGAGCUGCCUUCUUCGCUAUGAUACUUACAAGUGCCCUCUGCAUCGUUUUCAGACCCAAAUUGUGUCCAAAAAGAGCCAGCUCCUGUGCAUCCAGCAACUCUGAGGUGCCAGAAGGAGUCCAGAACACCAGGGCUGAGGUCAGUGAGCUGCAGCUGAUGGCUGAGAAUCAGAACUUGGAUGCAACCACAGAGCAGGACAACAACAAUGAUAGCCCGCCACUCACAGUCAGUGCUGGCGGUGAAAUUUCCCAGAAUACAGAAGUGGAUCUUUCCUGCAGUGGUUUGACUGAACUCGACCUUGGUGCGGAUGAGGUUUUCAUUGCAUCUUCAGCUCCUAGCCCAAGCAGGCUACCCUUCUCACCUCACACACAGAGGGAGAGGUUUCUGCGGCACAGUGACACUGGUCCCGGCCCUGCAGGUGAAUGGCCAUCAUUAGACUCCACCAGCUCACCUGGUGGUGCCAGGUCAGCCAAGGACAGCAGCAGUGCCAGACCCAGAGCGUGGAGCGUACGCACCUUCCAUGACUUCCUCCCUCCACUGCCACAGCUGCAUAAGAAGUGGUGUAGCUGGAACUCCACCAGUCCCUUCACCAAGCUGGUGGACAGCGCUCCAUCCAGUUUGGUUGCAGACGACAGAGGGGGCAACAGCAGGAAGGUGUUCUCUGAUGUUCACCUUGCAGCCAAGGCAGACAACAGCACCAUCUCUGACUCAUCCAUCAGCAAUGCCUCUUACCCACUUACGCAGUCCGCACAAAGGCAGCGGCGUCUCAACUCCACCAGCAACCUGCGGCGCUCACGUUUCACUGGGCCUUGCUUUGGCCUGCUUGCUGGGACAGCAGACCCAACAAAGGCAUCCGAGGUUCCUCAUGCCCAGGGCUCCCCCUCAGAACCCAGCCCUGGUUCUUCUUCCUCCUCCCAGUGUCAGAUCGAGAGUGGCCAAGCUGGAAAGAGACGUGAGUUCCCCGGCGAAGGUGAUCACAUCAGCGUGCCAGUGUUUGCCAUCUCUGAGGAGGAGGACCGGCAGCCUCUGGUCUCAUCUGAGCACCUGGACCAGGCCUCUGCCUCAGCUAUGCUGAAUGGAUUGGUUAGGGGGACAUAUGGAGGUAAGAAGCCUGUUCUUGGAAGUGCCAGCUUCACCCCCCCGAGCCAGAGGGCCAGACCAGAGUGGAGAGCAUGGGGGAGCCAGGUGUCAGGAGGGGUUGGUCUUCUUCCCUCCAACACUGAGUCAAACACGGUCAGUGACCAGCUGUCUCUGAGUCAGUCCACAGUGCUGUGCAGUGUGACCAAUCAGAUGUAAUUAGACAGGCUUUAAGUCAGUGACAAGAGCAGGGACUCUGGUGGGCCAGUUAUGUAUUUCUGCCAUUCUGAAAUAUAUAACCUACUUUAACUUUACAAAAUGAUUACUUCAUAUACUGUAGCCUCCUUCUGGCAAAUAUAUUCUUCUCACUCUAGUUGUUUUCUAUUUUUAUAAAGUUGUUUGUGGAUAAAGAUGGAAUAAUAUGCUGCUUACCAUGCCAAGGCACUGACUGCUGUGGUAUUAUGUGUUUAAAAAGAUGAGUGAUUGCAAACAUGAACAAUAAGUAUUUUCUAUGUGACUACCCUAUAGACCCUUAGGGGCAAUUUCAGGAGCACAUUUUUUUAAUCAGAUUUAUUAACCAGGUUGAUCCUAUUCAGUCAGUUAUAAUACUCCAGCCAUUGCACUUUGCUUUCAAUAGAUCAUUCAUUUUGGAUUUUGUGCUGCCUUGUGCCAGACUUCUGCUUUUUCCUUAAUGUGGUUCUUCACGUGGUUACUUUGUAGCACAGGCUAAUGAAUGCUUAUGCAAAUAUGUAUUACCCAAAAGUGUUCUGCGAAGCAUAGAUUGUACAUUAAUAUUAAUGUUACAACAGUGUAUGCAUACAGGAUGUACUGUAUUAUAAAAGGGAAAUCAAAAUAAAAUAAAAACAUAUAGAAUACUAAUAUACAUAAUAUACACUUAUAUAGUAUAAAAGAGAAAUAGCAAUCACAAUAGUAUUUAAAAUGAGUCAUGAAUUAAUGUAAAGUUUUAAAUAAAGGCUGUGUCAUUCAAA